AGAGAAACGAGGAAACCGUUGUCAUAUGUCCCUCGAGCUCGUAAAGACGCGCAAGGUAGUUUCCUGGGAUGAGAAACCCGGGUCCAGGGCAGUAUGAUAUAGCCCCUGAUGCGCUCAGCUUUAUAUGCUCCGUCUCAGCUUUCGUAGCUUGCUCAUUAUGACAAAACUUUGUUAAUUACAACCGUUGAAGAUUUCGCUAUGACACUUCUACCAUUAGCUAAGAGUGAGCUUGCGGCAUGUAUAACAGUACUUUCACUUGCGACAAUCGCGGUAGCCCUUCGCAUGGUUGCGCGGUUCACAAAAAGGCUCCGUCUUGGCAUUGAUGACUAUCUCAUCAUAUUUUGCUGGCUGAUGGCUUCUGGAUUAUGCGGGUCAGGAAUCUAUGCCGGCGCAACAAAUCUUCACGCAAGACCGAUCAAAACUCGUACCUUGGAUCAAUUUAUCGCCGCUGCCAAGAUCAACUUUACGAAUAUCCUCCUCUGGUAUCUUUGUUUCGGACUAAUCAAGAUUUCGGUCCUCGUUUUCUAUCAACGACUCUUUACGUUCCGGAGAUUCAAGAUCUUAUCAAACAUCUUAAUAGGCAUCAUUGUGCUAUGGAUGCUGUGCGCAGAGUUGCUUUUCCUUGCCAGGAGGAAGCCUUCACUGUUUUGGAAUUAUACAGUGCAAAUAUCAGAUGCCAAGAAGCCAAAAAAGAUAGACUUUGAAAACUGGAUGCUCGCAAACGCAUGUAUCAAUACGUCUCUAGACAUUGCUGUCCUUUGUUUUCCAUUGCCGGUUAUUAGAAGCCUUCAUAUGGGAAGAGCCAAAAAGACCUUGUUAUUCUUCGUCUUCGGCUCUGGAGCAUUCUGUGUGGUCGCCUCUGCUGUCACUCUAUCAUAUCGAGUGAAAGCCGCAACAAUAGUGACUAUCUCCGACGGAUCAGCACUUGUCACAUGGAAUGUUGUCUGGGGAAACAUAGAAGUAUGCUCGUCGAUUGUGGCCGCUUGUCUUCCUACUCUUGCGCCUCUCUUCGAGGUCACGCAAGGCAUACUGAAUAGCAUUCGCUCACGUCUCGCAUCACUCUCGCUUAGCUGGUCACGCUCUAGGUCAGUAUUGCAGGAUGAGGAGUCUUUGAGGCUUAACAGGAUUGCUACUGGGAGCAAAGACGUCACGUCAACCGCAGCAGCGAGUCCUCGUGGUAGAACUGUUAGUGAGAAGAGCUAUGACUCCGAGAAGCCCGAGCCUCUCAGCAAACCUCAGAACAGAUUCGUUAUGCAUGCGAAUGAGUUCGAUGGAUACUGAACUUCUAUAUCAUUUUGAAGGAUAUACGUAACCUCUAGGCGAAUGGAAGAAUCGACCAAAGGAGCACAAAGGGUUUCUGGCAUGUUUCUUGAGGAAACCUUCGAGGUUGUUUAUAACACUUUCCCUACAUAUGACGUUAGUUUCAUCUAUGACUUAACCCCUGCCCAUAUAGUCGUUUUAGUGCAACUCUGGCCCGCGAGAGAGAGAAAGAGGGAGAAAGAGAGAACAUGACUUCAGCUACCGCUCGAAAGGAUCCUAGCUGCUGACGUGAGCAACGUAGUAUUCAUCUGGCAGUGAUGUAACCAGGUAGCUCAAAGUUCUGGUGAUAGCUUGGCUCGU